ACAUAAUAAACCAAAAGACAUUUUCAAUUAUUUAAAUAUUGACCUAAGGGAUACUCAUACCGCCUUAGAUUGCUGAAGCGGGUCAUUUAGUCUGUAUUCAUGCAUGUUACUUUUGCUUGAGUUGGUUUUUAUCCUCAUAAGUAUUUCGAAUGGUUUGACUAAGUUCAUUAGUUUUAACUUCAUUGAAUAUGUUUCAGGAGAAAAUGAUUAUUUACAUCUUCGGGUGAUAAAUCCAUCUACUCUGCCGUUUACAUAUCGCUUAAGUCCUGGUCAAAUAGGACCCCAUUUUAAUACAACAUUUACGUCCACCUCAUUAGUGCUAACAGAACCUCCUCACGCAUGUGAGCUGGUAAGUAAUGCACAUGAAGUUAAUCGAAAUAUUGCUCUCAUAAUUCGUGGAGGUUGUAGUUUCGUCACGAAAGCUAUUAAUGCUCACGUUGCCGGUGCAGUUGCUGUGAUUGUUUAUGAUUUUAACCGCAAGGCUAUCCACACAUUUAGCAUGAUUCAGGACGAUACUUCCAGACGUGUGCAGAUACCAUGUGCGUUUAUGAAUGGAAAAGAUGGGCAUUCAAUAACCACUGCUUUGGAUAAUUUAAAUCUAACAAAAGCAUUAGUUGAUUUUCCUGUUAAUGUUUCUGUGGUUCCAGUAUAUCACUUACGUUUAACUCCAUGGACAUUAUGGUGAAGAAUAAAAUAUACAUUCAACCUUAUUUUCUUCUACAAAUCAAUGACUACAUGACUGUAUUUUCUGCACUAUGAGUACAUGUGUAAAAUACUACUUCUUGUAUAUGACAAUAUGUUUUCAUAUGACCUACAAUUCUUUCAUUUAAAAAUAAGAUUUCCUUUGGUCACAUAAUUCACUUACAUUAUAUUCUACGUUUGUUCUUUCUUCAAUGGUGUAGUCUCCAUUUUCUCAUGUAAAUAGUUGUUCUUUUUGUUAAACCUGCCUACUAUCUUCUCCCAACUGAGUAAUUAUAGUUUUAUUAAUA